UAUUGAGUGCUCAGCCAUGUAGAAGCUUUGGCAUGUGCAAAGUCUUUCCAUACAGUUGUACAUGUAGAUUAACUUUUUAAAUACAUUUAAAAAAAAAAAAAAAAAAUCUGAAGGAGUGCCAUCUUGACAUAAUUAAAUUGUCAGAGUUGUCAGACUGUUUUAGUUGUGAUUGUGAGCCGUUAGGACGUGAAGGCAAUGCGAAGGGAAGUGGAAGGCUGUCUUCUGCAGGUGCUCUGAGAGCAGCGAGGCCCUACCUCUUCACUCGCAGAACUAAAUGUUAAUGGGUUGGACUAAAUUUCUGUCCGAGCAGGACGGGAGAGACACAGAUGCACUUACGGUGAUUUGUAAUCUAAAGGCUUUUUGCGUUAUAUAGAGUGCUAAGAUGGUGCUCAUACAGUAUACAGACCCUCUGAUCUGCUGAGUCAUUAACGAUGAGCCGGUUGGGGUGUGCGGACGAAGCGGAAAUGAUUGGAUACUUCCGGUAUUUGCUAAAGUCGCAGUCGUUCUUUAUAUCACAGCACUACUAGAUGCUCAAUUCUGAUCGAGAUGAUGGCGUUUGUUCAUUUUCUCUAAAGGCGACCGCGACACUAGCGCCAUCUGCAAAGUUUAUAUCCGCGCACACGCUCUAAUCGGUUAUCGUUUCUAUAGGAACAACUUCCGCAGAGGUACCCGUUUGUAUUGCAGACGUUCCUCGUGAACGGGCUGAAAAUGCGUGCGAGCGUUUAUGUGAUGUAGCUUUCAGUGAAGAGAUGUUUAUUUAGCAUCGCCAGGGUCAGCACAUUGAAACGGUCUGAGGUAAAUCUGUAACUUUAUGUUUUCAGAAUGGGGAAAGUCUUCAGGACAGAGGGCUUUGCGGUUACUCAAUAACACAACAAGCUGUGGUUUGUCUUAUUAACUGGUGAAGAAAGGACUCUUUUAUAUGUGUUAUGUAAGCGAUAACAGGAAUUAACUUGCUUUACGGAUGUUCCACAACAUUAAACCUAGCGAUAAACGGAUGAGAAGUAUGACGCGGUGGUCUUUCAUUAAUAAUAAAUAACAACAACAACAAAAAAAAGUCAAAUUACUGUGGUGUAAAACAAAACAUUUCGGGAUGUUAUCGGUAAAUAAUCCUUCGAGGUGGUAACACGCCACUUUCCUCAAGCGGUAGACUUUCAAUUUGUAAAUAGCGGGUUAUAUUUGGUGAACAUGUACAGCUAAAAUAAGCCAUAGUCUUACAGUUGGGAUCGGUUUUAUUGACUAUGUUGCGCAGUAAUGACAUUACUGACGCAUGUUUAUACAUGACACCUACUAAAUUUGAAUGCUUUUUAUGUUUUUUUUUGUUUGUUUUUUUUAGGCUUUACCUGAAGCUGAGCAACAUUAUUUUGUUGGGAUGGAUAGAAGACGUGCACUGACUGAAAACUGACACACACUAGCAAGGGUGUUCUAUGCGUCUGUGAACCAGACCAAACCCAAAAAAAGAAACAGGAGGAAAGGAGUUUUUUUUAUUUAUUUAGUCUUUAUCGUCAUGGCGACCGACCCAGGAGAGCCCACCGGCACGGAGGAGUCAUCCGGAGAGAAACCUGAUGGAGAGAGGGAGGAAGAGAACGAGAGGACGGGGAACCAGUCAGCCAGCCAAAGGGAGAGCCGGACACCAGAGAGAGGGGCUGGACAAGAGGAGGCCUCAGGAGCAAGAGCAGAAGGAGAAAUCGGUGAGGCACAAGAGCGAAGUUCUCAUCCGAAGCGUGAGAACAAACGCUUCUUUCGGAAGAGCGUGGAACUCUGUGAGAAGGAUGAGCUUGUCGAGGAGGACGAGGGCCUUCAUAGCGUCCCUCGUUCUGAGCUCCGUGCCUCGGACUCUGUUUUCAGUGAUGGAACUCGGCAUGUACCCACUGAUGGCACCCACGGUGGCGGCCUAGACCUGGAAAAGGGUGCCCCGUCAGUGGCCAGACUAAAGGGAAAGGAGCGUGAGUCUGAGCAGGAGGAGGAGGCUGAGAUGAAAGCUGUGGCCACAUCACCUGGUGGCCGCUUCCUUAAAUUCGACAUUGAGCUUGGCCGAGGAGCUUUUAAGACCGUUUAUAAAGGCCUGGACACGGAGACGUGGGUGGAAGUGGCCUGGUGUGAACUACAGGAUGGCAAGCUGACCAAGGCUGAGCAGCAGCGUUUCAAAGAGGAAGCCGAGAUGCUAAAGGGCCUGCAGCACCCCAACAUCGUGCGCUUCUACGACUUCUGGGAGUCGACUGUCCGGGGGAAGAAGUGCAUCGUCCUCGUCACGGAGCUCAUGACCUCGGGGACACUCAAAACAUACCUUAAGCGCUUUAAGGUUAUGAAGCCGAAAGUGUUGCGCAGCUGGUGCAGGCAAAUCCUGAAGGGUCUGCAUUUCCUUCACACGCGUACGCCGCCCAUUGUGCACCGUGACUUAAAGUGCGACAACAUCUUUAUCACAGGCCCCACAGGCUCAGUGAAGAUCGGAGACCUCGGCCUGGCCACGCUAAUGAGGACGUCCUUCGCCAAGAGUGUGAUCGGUACCCCAGAGUUCAUGGCUCCAGAGAUGUACGAGGAACACUAUGAUGAAUCUGUGGACGUCUACGCCUUUGGCAUGUGCAUGCUCGAGAUGGCUACGUCCGAGUACCCUUAUUCUGAGUGUCAGAAUGCUGCCCAGAUCUACCGCAAGGUCACCAGUGGGAUCAAGCCCGCCAGUUUUGAUAAAGUGAACGAUCCAGAAAUUAAGGAGAUCAUCGAGGGCUGCAUUCGGCAGAACCGGGGAGAACGGCUUUCCAUCAAGGACCUGCUGAACCAUACCUUCUUUGGCGAGGACACAGGCGUGCGAGUGGAGUUGGCGGAAGAGGACGUGGGCAAUCAGGACUGUCUGGCACUACGUAUUUGGGUGGAGGAGCCUAAAAAACUGAAGGGCAAGCACAAGGACAACGAGGCCAUUGAGUUCAGCUACAACCUGGAGAAUGACAGCGCAGAGGAAGUGGCGUUGGAGAUGGUCAAGUCUGGGUUUUUCCACGAGAGUGACGCGAAGGUUGUGGGAAAGUCUAUUCGAGACAGGAUAACUCAGAUUAAGAAGUUCCGCGCAACACGACAACAGCGAGCCCUAGACGGGAGGCGAGACUCUAGCUUGGCUUCUGCUACCCCCUUCACCAGUUUUACUUCUUUCCCCUCUUCCCUGGGUCCUGGGGCUCCUGCUAUUCCUACUGCUGCCUCUGUUGGGGUUACUGGGGGGCACAGGGAGGGAGAGGACCUGCAAGAGGUGGAGCAACACACUCGACAACAGAUCCCCAUCAGCAGUGCACAAGGCCACAUCGAAACAGAGAACCCCUCUGCGAUCAGUGGAGAAUCAUUUGCAGGUGCACAAAGCCUUCCCUAUUCAUCAGCAGGAGACUCUGGAAUCUCUUUUGCUAACACUCAGACCAGCUUUCCCACUGGGACAUCUUCACUGGCCCCAUAUCCCACAGACGUAACACAAACAGCACUCCCCCAGCCAGGAGAAGCAGUUUCUUCUCAUGCUUCUCUUAUACAGACGCAGUCAUACUUGACCCCCGUUUCACCCCAGGCCUCCAUUAGUAUUAUUUCUGCAGAGUCCGUAGUACCAUCUUUGAGCAACCUGAUGCCACAAACUAAACAGAGCCAGCAUAAUGUUGCACCUCUGCCACAGACUGAAAUUUUGCCUCAACAAACUGCAGUUCAGCCACAACAACAGGUAGUGUUAGAUCUGCAGACUACAUUGCUACAACAACCACCACCGUCACAACAACAACAGGCAGUUCCAUUACAGCAGAUGGAGCAAAUUCUAAAGCAGGGCAUUUUAAUGCAACAACCUCCUACUUCAGCUGGUAUACCACCCCCGCAGAUAGAGAACCCACAGUUAGUUUUGCAGGAGCAGCAGCUGCAUUCAAGUGUAGCACAGCAACAAUAUAUACCACACCAACAGACUUUGGUGCACCCUCAGCAGGUAGACCCACAGCAACACAUAUAUGCACAGCAACCUGUAGGAGUACCUAAAGCACAGCAAUCUGUAAUUCAACAGCAGGUCCAACAGACAGUAUCUAUCCAGCAACUAUCAAUGGAACAACAGCAGCAAGAACCACCGUCGUUACUGCAGCAACACCAUCAACAGUUAUAUGUGCCAAGUCAGGCAGAACCCCAAAAGUCAGCCAUGAUGCAAUCAACUCCUCAGCAGUUACCACUUGCAGAGCAACAACAAGCAGUUCAUGGUAUGCAGCAAUUGGAACAGCAGAAACAGCACAAAAUUUAUUCAGAGCAACAACAACAGAUAGAGCAACAAGAAAUACAAAUUCAAAUACAACAGCAAAAUCCUGCAGUGACGCAGCAGAUGGAGCAACAGAAUCCACAGUUGCUGCAGCAAGUACAACAACAGCAGGCUAUUUUACAACAAGCAGGUGAGCAGCAGCAGCGACAGGCACUAUUGCAGCAGCCGUUGGAGCAACAAGAAGGUCUGUUGCUACAACAAAUUCUUUUACACCAACAACAGUUUGACCGCCAGUCCUUAUUACAGCAAACUCAACCACAGAUAGAACAACAGAACAUGCUAAGACCACAACAGACAGAGCAACAGCCACAACAGAUCGAGCAAGAAGCUUUCUUGCAAAAGCAAGCUAUUUUACACCAACAGCAGCAACAAGUGCAACUCUUACAACAGCAACAGCAGUUAGAGCAAAAACAAGUUCUUUUGCAAAAGCAGCACCAAAUGGAUCAUCAACAAGGUUUAUUAUGGCAGCAGCAGUCUUUACAACAGCAGCAGGCUGUACUGCAGCACAUUUCACAGUCUCAACUUGCACAAUCACAAAUACAGCAACAGUCAGAGCAACAAGCUUUUCAGCCACAGAUUGACCAACAGCAGCAGAUGUUAGUACAACAGCAGAGAGAACUACAAAUGCAACAUCAGGCUCUUGUACAACACCAACAACCGAAUACAGAGUCACAGCAGGCACUACCCAAGCGACACCAGGAAAAGGAGCAGCUUCAACAGCAAGCUUUAUUUUUACAAGAGCAACAUUUGGACCAACAAGCUGUUACUCUUGAGUCUGUUCAACAGCAGCAGGAUCAGCAGCAGUGUCAACAGCAAGCUGUAUUUUUGCAACAGCAAAAACAGUUGAACCAACAAGUACCGCUUGGGCAACAUCACAGUGGACAACAGCAAACUGUUUCUUUUGAGUCUAUUCAGAAGCGGCAGGGUCUGCUGAGUCAGCAACAGGAUCAGCAACAUCAACAGCAAGCUUUGUUCUUACAACAGUCAAACCAACAAGUAGCUCUUGGGCAAAAUCACAGCGGACAACAGCAAGCUGUUAAUCUUGAGAUUGUUCAGCAGCAAGCGCUACUCAAGCAACAACAACUUUUACAGCAACAGUCAAACCAACAUGUAGCCCCUGUGCAGCAUUACAGUGGACAACAGCAGGCUGUUACUCUUGAGAUUGUGCAACAGCAGAAUCUACUCAAGCAACAGCAGGAUCAACAGCAUCUUCAACAGCAAGCUUUGUUUUUACAACAGAAACAACAGUUGGACCAACAAGUAGCCCCUGGGCAGCAGCACAGUAGGCAACAGCAAGCCGUAGGUCUUGAAACUGUUCCACAGCAGCAGGUUGUACUUCAGUAUGAGCAGCAGCAAGCCUUGUUACUACAGCAGCCCCUUCAGUCGCACAAAAGUAUUACUCAACACAAAGUAGAACAACACCAACAAGAAUUUGUUCAGCAACAAACUUUUAUCGCCGGGCAGCAAGAUGGAAAUUCUGCUGUGGAAUCACAGGUAACAAUUGUUGCUCAGUCAGCAUCACAAAUGGUUACCUCCCAAAUUUCUAGUCAGUUACAAACACCUGUACACAUUGACCAACAUGCAUCGUCUCUGUCAGCACCUCAAACUCAAGGGCCAAUACAACAGAAACAAAGUGAUAUUACACAAAUCCAUGGUCAAAUAGCUUUACAGACCCAAGGUCUCUCAGCAACACAAUCACAAAUUCCAUCCCUAGCACAGCCUAGCUCCAUCCAGUUGAAGAGUCCGCAAGCAUUUCCAGCUCCAAUGCAGAGGCAGGAUUCAGCACAACCUUUAGUACAGGCCCAGACAUAUGUCCCAAAUGAGGCACAGGCUCAAAUGAUUAUACAGGGACAGAAUCUUCAAGCUCAAGUCAUGCCACAUCAAACCAGAACUCCUGUCCAUUGUCCAGUUCCUGCAAUACCAGCGUCAACGCAAUUAUCAAGCCAAAUUCAGUCUCAAGUUCAGGCCCCUUCUGCCUUGCACACAAUGCAGUAUCUUCAAGCCUCACAACUCAGUCAGCACACCAUUCAGCCAAUGCAGGUUGACUUUACACAGGGUACACAACAGCAGUAUCGACAAAUGGUGAUGUCUCCAGUAACAGUGGCAAGUACCACUGCUGUGUCCUCAGGUACUGUAGCUCCUGCCACAGUACCUACCACACAGCAAUACUUGCAGCAGACAGGCCAGGCUCAAAAUCAAAUCCAAGCACAGACACAGCCUACUCUGCAGGGACAGCAACAGCCAGGUGGCAUCACCAUUCAGACGGUCAUGCAGCCCAUGCCCCUUGUGCAACCUCAAAUUGCUCAACAGUAUGAACAGCAAACACAGCAAUUCCAACAGGUACAGCAGCAGCCAGUACAGCUGCAGGAUCAGGCCCACAUUUUGUCAUCUAUUCAGCAGCCUCCACCAUCCCACCAAACUGCUGUCGCACUAGAUCUCAAUCAGUGGUCAUCUCCUCUACCCUCUGCUUUGCACCCUGGGGUUCCAUCACAUGACUUACCAAGGCAACCCUGUCCGACACAAAUUCAGACUGCUGCGCAUUGCAGUCAUGUUGUAGUAGGCCUACCACCUUCCCCACAACACCAGCCUCAAUCAAUCUUGCUUGCACAUACUCACAGCCAGACAUGCCCUCAGUCACAGACACAUGCUCAAUCACAAGCUCACUCACACACCGACAUAUACACUGAGACUGCAGGCACAUCUGUGCAGCCACUAUACCCUCAAGUUCCCCUGCAGCCCCUCCAGAUACCCUCCAGUCCAUCUCAUACCUCCCUCAUCACUACCAACUUAUCAGGCUCCCAGCUUGCCCCCACUGCUUCAGAAGUCCCAGUACCAGCUGAGGCACAGCUAAGCCAGGCUGUGCUAACCGAUAUAGUUCUGACUUCCCUUCCUCCUAUCAGUGCCUCACAGCUCCCUGGUUCUAAUGGCACUGCCCUUCCCCCAAACUUGCUGGCAGACUGUGACCCUGCAUUGCCGGGCAUUGCACAGGGGAGCCCAAACCAAUCUGCCAACCGACAUUCGUUAGCAGGCUCUGCUCUAGUCAGUAGAGAGGAAUCCCCGUUACCCUUGGUUAAUGAAAAGCUGGAGAAAAUAAAGACUCAGCGGAGAUCUUCCUACCAACGCCCUGAGAGAACCGCUCACUUCCAGCUAAGCAUGCUACAGGUGUCAAACACUGGAGACAACAUGGUGGAGUGCCAGCUCGAAACUCACAGUAACAAGAUGGUCACGUUCAAGUUUGAUAUUGAGGAAGAUGCACCUGAAGAUAUAGCCGAUUACAUGGUGGAAGAGGACUUUGUCCUUGAAUCAGAGAAAGAAAAAUUUGUAGAGGAUUUGAGGGCUAUAGUGAAGAAAGCCCAGGAGAUCCUUAGCACUCAGUCGAAGACUGGAUCCAUGGAGCAGCUACAUGUAACCACACCAUCAAGUUCAACAGACUCUGCGCCUCAGUCUUCUCCAGUGGGUCGCUGGCGAUUUUUCAUCAACCAGACCAUUCGUCAUCGUGACUCUCAGUCCAACCGUGAAGCCUCCACGCCUUCACCAGCAGGGGAGAGCCAGGGCCAGAUUGAGCGAGCUUCAGACCAUGAGGAUUCACAGCAGUCAGACUCUCUGUCUGGACUACAUUUUUCUCCAUGUUCCUCACUUUCAAUGUCCUCUGUUCCUCCCUCCACUGUGUCUGUCAAAGACUCAAGCCCUGCUGUCCCUAUUCCUGGUACCACCGCCUUGGACUCCACGAGCUCUCUUCCCCCAGUACUUCACAUGUCCACAGGAGAUGCAGUCAUUCAAGACGAAGCAGCUAUUACGCUGCCAGGUUCGGGGAAAGGGUUUGCAACUACUAUUCAAGCCACAGUCCCCAACCAGACCUCUUCUAUUCAUGUUACAGCCUUUCCUGUGGCUGAUCAUGUCCAUACCUUGGCAUCUAGCAAGGAUAUGAGCAUGGGUUCCAAUUUUGGCCUUGGGUCCGAAGAUGCUUCUGCUAUAGGGCACAGCAUGCCUGAAGAUCAAAUGUCACACUCUGGCAGUUUGGCUCAGAGCACCCUGUCAUCUUGCAUGUUAAAUCAUGGGGAACAAGUGCAGCAACUGCAGCAGUUACCCCAAGUGCCAUCAAUGCAGAAACCUGAGAUACUCCAGCAAGGCAAUCUGCAAUCUCAAUCACUCACAGAAGCCUAUUCAGUACAGACUAAGCCAAUGGCGACAGUGUCCCAGUACAUAGCCCAUGACAAACUUUCUUCAGCUGUAGAGCAAGAUACACAGCCCUGUCAAGCUGAGCAUCCAGCAUCUCAUUUCCAUCCAAUGCAACAGUCGAUUCUACAGCAAAUCCCAUACCAACAGGGACAGUCGGAAAUUCCACUGGAAUCACUAGGCCAGCAGAGUGUCCAUUUACAGUCACAUGCCAGUCUGGAUCAGAUGCAGCUGCAUGGUGUAGUGCAGAAGCAGGCAGUUCCACCGCCGCAGUAUGAACAAGACACCGUGCUGAACCCUAAAGCGCUGGCCAUACAAUCUCAGCAAAAAUUAGAAACACAAGAACCCUUACUGGCUCAGACUUCAAUCUCAAAUCAGGUCCCUCCUGAGGAAACGCAACCAAAGCUAGAGCAGGUGCUUCAGCCUGCAUCCCUGCUUGUGCAGAAGCAGCUCUCUAUCCAGCAGUUGGAAUCAGAGCUCUCCACAGGACAGGUCACUGCCACAGAUGACACUUUCAGCCAGUCUGCUCCUUUGCACCCAUUGUCUGAUGCCUCUCUCCCUCCUCUCUCACUCUCGGAGACAGCUCUGCCAGCUCUGGCUCACGUGCUCUCCCCUUCUCCCGCCCAGCCUUCUUCAGUAGCUGAGUCGGACAGUGAGGGCCCCCCAAAAAUUGAGUUUGUUGACAACCGUAUCAAAACACUCGAUGAGAAGCUAAGGAAUCUGCUUUAUCAGGAGCACAGUGGCAGCGGGGCAACCAUCUCCACCCACACUCCUGACCUGACCUCCUCCUCCGCUACAGCUGCCACAUCAGCCAGGGGAGAGGAGUCAUCCGAGUCUCACACAUUGCCACCCUCCACCUUCCCACUUCCUCCGGCCUGCUCUUCAGACACUUCUCCACAUUCCUCCUCCUGCACCACUUCCUCCACCACCUCUCGUUCUUCCUCCACCUCAUCAGACAGAGAGAGGGAGAGAACAGGAGAAGAUUGCGUCACCCAGAGUGCUCCAACCCCCUCCACUGCUGUAGAGCACCAACCUGCCUCAUCCUUCUCCUCCACUUCCCUACCCUGCUCCCUCCUUUCCCCUCCACAGGAGACUGUGCCUGGACCUAUAUCUCCACCCAGUGAAUCUACAGUCCUUGCUGUCCCCUCCCCCUCUGACAGUGCCGCCGUAGAUGUCCUCCAGCCUUCCUUGUCCCAGCAGUCCCUUGCACCAGCAGCCGGACAGCAGCAGCAGCAGCAAAAUGCAGGAGGUGGAUAUUUUGGCCUAAACCUGACUUGUCCUAGUAUCAGAAAUCCUGUUAGCAAGAAAUCCUGGACUCGCAAAUUCAAAAGCUGGGCGUGCAAACUGCGCCACUCCACCAGCUUGUUCAAGAAGCCCAGAGUCCAGAAAGGAUUUUAUGUAUUUGUCCUGGUCAGUUGUUUUGUAUGUGGUUUUUACUUGUUUGUUUGUGUGAGAGAGAGAGAGAUCUGUGGUUUUCCUGAUUUUCUGUCAUCUGCGAGAGUUGGUCUUAUUCUUAUCUUUUCAUAUUCUCUGUUUCUGUUCUGGGCAGAUGAGAAUUCUAGCAGUCGGGGAGUGAAUGAAGACGGACAGACUCCCUCAAAUUCCCAGCCAUGUUUGCACAGAGGACGUUUCCAGGUGACCCCAGUCACCCAGCCCGAGGACCCAACGCCCACAGCAGAGGUAGCGCCGAACCAUAGAAAUGUUCCCAAGACUGUGGGGCGCUUUUCCAUCAUGAAGGCAGAGGAGAAAGAGGAGCAGCUCACCGACAGCUCGCCUGUCUCUCCAGACCUGGAGAAAGAUCGGAGGAAGACGAAAGCGAAGGAGGGAGAAAAGGAAGAAAGAGCAAUCCCAGUGGGCUACCACCAUCCACCACGUAGCCACACACACUCUCCAACAGGAAGCAGUGAUGAUGAGAGUGAGGUAGAGGACGAGGACCUGAGGAGGGAACUGCAGAAACUAAGAGAAAAACAUAUCAAGGAGGUGGUGUCACUCCAGGCACAGCAGAAGCAAGAACUACAGGAGCUCUACAGGCAACUGCGCAGUCUGAAAGAUUGCUUUCAGCCCCCUUCGACCCCUGCAACAUCACUGGCCAUUUCCCCCCGCAGACCCCGCCCCUCCAAACCCAAACCCCGGCCUCGUCCUCAUUCCCACACUGACAACAACGGAGUCACACACCAAGGUUCUCUCCAGCAAUCCAGCAGUUACUCCAGUGAAGAGCCAAACAGACUACAGUCUUGCUGCAAACCUGAAAAAACGGCUUCACUGACUUCUAAGACGGCCCAAGGUGUAUCCAAUAAAGACACCACCUUCACAGACAAACUCCACAAACUUGUAGAUGAUUGGACAAAGGAGGCCAUUGAACCUGCCAUCUCCAAGCCUUCGCUCAAUCAGCUCAAGCAGAUUCAGCAAGCGCAGGAUUUAGGUGGCUGGAACCAGCUCACUGAGGCUUCACCUGCAGCGUGGUUCCCUACGACUUCCCUGAACCCCAGGACUGCUCAUGUAUCAGCCAGCAACAGCAACACAGGAGGCCACGCCCCUCCAGCCUGCACUCAGCCCUCCAUCCCUCCUGUAUCACAGCAGAGCCUCCAGUCCUUUCAGCCGCUUCAGUAUGGCCAGCCCAGCGUACCAGUCUCUAGUGUACCCACCUCUCUGACAGCCCACUCCACUACUUCUACAUCCAUGCCAGCCCCACCAACCACAAUCGCCUCCACCUCCACAACCUCAGUCUACUCUUGCUCCUCCUCCUCCACAAAUGCGUGA